AGCAUGUGACAUAUCCGAGGCGCGGCUCCGACCCUCGCGGUGUUUUGCGGCAUUUUUUUUAGAUUUCGCGGCAGUGCCGUGUAGUGAGCUCUCGGUUGACGACGGUGCCCAAUUGUUGAAGCCGGGAUGGGGAAACCACGCAGGAAAGUGGAGUUUAGCCAUGCUGAACGGAUGAUGAUGACGAUUGCUGACGUCCUCAAGCAGCUGAUUGAAGCACAUGAGCAAGGGAAGGAUGUCAACCUUAAUAAAAUGAAAACAAAGACCUCGUCAAAGUACGGACUGACCUCACAACCUCGCCUUGUGGACAUCAUUGCGGCUGUGCCCCCUCAGUACAGAAAGGUGUUGGUACCAAAACUGAAAGCUAAACCCAUUCGGACAGCCAGCGGGAUUGCUGUGGUCGCAGUGAUGUGUAAGCCUCAUCGAUGUCCUCACAUCACCUUCACGGGAAACAUUUGCGUAUACUGCCCAGGGGGCCCAGAUUCGGACUUUGAAUAUUCAACCCAGUCUUACACAGGAUAUGAGCCAACCUCUAUGAGAGCCAUACGUGCAAGAUAUGACCCCUACUUACAGACAAGACACCGUGUAGAGCAGCUGAAACAAUUGGGACACAGUGUGGACAAGGUUGAAUUCAUUGUGAUGGGUGGGACAUUUAUGGCACUGCCAGAAGAAUACAGGGAUUACUUCAUCCGUAAUCUGCAUGAUGCCCUCUCUGGGCACACCUCCAACAACGUGGCAGAGGCUGUCAAGUAUUCUGAGCGCAGCAAUACCAAGUGUGUUGGGAUCACCAUCGAGACCAGACCAGACUACUGCCUGAAGCGCCAUCUCAGCGACAUACUGCAAUAUGGGUGCACACGACUGGAGAUUGGGGUGCAGAGUGUCUACGAGGAUGUGGCCAGGGACACCAACAGAGGUCACACUGUCAGGGCCGUGUGUGAGUCAUUCCAGCUGGCAAAGGAUGCUGGCUUUAAAGUUGUGGCACACAUGAUGCCGAACCUUCCUAAUGUUGGUUUGGAGAGAGACAUCGAACAGUUCAUUGAGUUCUUUGAGAACCCAGCGUUUCGCCCUGAUGGCAUGAAGCUAUACCCCACACUGGUGAUCCGUGGCACUGGACUUUAUGAGCUCUGGAAAACUGGCAGAUAUAAGAGUUACUCACCCAGCACACUGGUGGAUUUGGUGGCUCGAAUCCUUGCACUCGUCCCCCCGUGGACCCGGGUGUAUCGUGUUCAGAGAGAUAUCCCAAUGCCGCUGGUCAGCUCUGGAGUGGAGCAUGGAAACCUACGAGAAUUAGCCUUGGCCAGGAUGAAAGAUUGGGGAACUGAGUGUCGCGAUGUCCGAACAAGGGAGGUUGGGAUCCAGGAAAUUCAUCACAAAGUGCGACCCUAUCAGGUAGAACUGGUGAGAAGAGAUUAUGUUGCGAAUGGCGGUUGGGAAACAUUCUUGUCCUAUGAGGAUCCUGAGCAGGACAUUCUAAUUGGAUUACUCCGCCUGCGGAAGUGCUCCGAGGAAACCUUCAGAACAGAGCUGAAGGGAGGAAUCUCUAUUGUGCGAGAGCUCCAUGUAUAUGGUAGUGUAGUGCCUGUUAACGCACGGGAUCCAUCCAAGUUCCAGCAUCAGGGUUUUGGAAUGCUAUUAAUGGAAGAGGCAGAACGGAUUGCUCAGGAAGAGCACGGAUCCUCCAAAAUUGCCGUUAUUUCAGGUGUUGGUACAAGGAACUACUAUAGAAAGAUUGGUUAUGAAUUGGAAGGCCCCUACAUGGUCAAACGUCUGGACUGAUCUCCUUCAUUGUCAAGCAGGAUGCUGUUUGAAAAUCCUGACCAUCGCAGGUUGUGCUUAAUAAACAUUGACUUUGCUAUGUUGCACCUUAUAGGAUUUGAGUACCCAGUCCUUGUCUGCAAAACCACAGAUUCCUGUACUGGCUUUUGACAAACCAUGUGGCUUAACUGGAUUGCAAAUGGGAACUGAAACUGUUAAUUGAUUAUUAGUAGGCCCAACAUGAUUCUCAAUCACACAGGGUAUAAGCAGGCAUCAUCCCUAUUACAACAGUGGGCUGACCUCAUCUUAAAAGUGUGCAUCCAGCAAAAGGAGGAAUUUAUAUUGUCAUACAAGACAAUGAUGGAUAGAGAAGGCCGUUUGGCCCUCCAUUGUAGCACCCAGUUAUUAAAUAAUUCCCAGAUUUUGCCUACACCAGGAGCCCAUCUCACGGAUGGAUCAUGUCUUUAAUAAUGAAGAGCUCCUGCCAUUAUCUUUUACUGCUUUCAAGCUGUGUCCCUUUUCCCAACUCUCAAUUUAUUUGACGUAAUUGUAGGCUUUCCCUUCCCAUACAGCGAACUCUCUUCUGUCCCUCAGCAAGAUCUUUCCUGGUUGAAAGGCCCUCGCCCCACCCUACAGCGAUGGGAUGUGUCAGGUUGGAUUGUCGGAAGUCAGCACUAGUUCCGGUUACUAGUUCCAAGUAACCCAACAGCAGGAGGUGGUUACGGAAAAUUGAGUUCAAAACUUUAGUCUGUUAUCAGUGGAAUGAUCAAUUGAGAACAGGAGAUGCUGCAAAAAAAAACUAUUAAAGUUGAAGGGAUGUAUUUAAUAUUUUAAACAUUCAUUUUUGGGAAAUUAAACCUGUAUUUUGCUUGUGAACAAAAAAAA